UUUCGGCCCCUAAAGAGACGGAAAAUUCGUCUUUUUAUCCCACCUUCUUCUCCAGACUUCUUACCCUUUCUGCAAGUCGCGCUUCACAUUGGUGAUUGGUGCGGGAAUUCCAACCCUCCCGUUGAUUCUAUCUUCCCAGCUUUAUCCAUCUCAAAUUCCGUUGCUCCCCAAUCAAAUCGACACCAGAUUGAGUGUCAAUUGCCACUUUUCGCAUCGGAAUUGAAGGAUCGCGAAAACCUAAGAAUUUGGGCAUCAAUCACGUUGGUCGCUUGGUUGCAGGUGAUUUAAUUUCUUCGAAUUCGUUAAUCCCCGUUUCUCGAAUCGGACAAGCAAUGGAUGAAAUGAGGGAUAAAAUGAAGGGGUUUAUGAAGAAAGUCAACACCCCUUUCUCGUCUUCCUCGUCGGGCAAAUUCAAAGGCCAAGGCAGAGUUCUCGGAUCUUCUUCUUCGUCCUCCUCGUUGCCGUCAUCGCAAUCGAAUGCCAAUUCCAAUUCCAAUUCUAACCCCAGGCAGUUGCCUCGAACGGUACCCGCCGCUUCCGACCAGAAAUCACAGACCACAAAGUCCGAAUCCAAAUCAAACCCUAGCGCAGCGUCGCCUGAGAGCGGCUUCGAUCCAUUCAAUCCGUUGAUUACAUCAGGUAAAAGGAAUCCCAAAGGCUAUUCAUUACAGGUGUUCGAGUGUCCAGUUUGCGGCAAAGGAUACCCAUCGGAAGAGGAGGUUUCAGCUCACGUCGAAUCCUGCUUGACCUCUUCGGAUUCAGUUGCCGAAACCGACAACAACAAAAUAACCAUCGAAGUCGAUAGCCAAUUGCAGAGUUGUGUGAACACUUAUCUGUCUUCAAACCCUAGCGAGGCUUCCAUUGAGGUUGUAAUGAGGCUUCUGAGGAAUCUGGUCAAGGAGCCGGGGAAUUCGAAGUUUCGAAAGAUAAGGAUGGGGAAUCCGAAGAUAAAGGAGGCCAUAGUCGAUGUUCCGGGAGGCGUGGAGUUGCUAGAGUGCAUUGGAUUUCGAUUGAAGGAGGAGGAUGGGGAGAUGUUUCUAAACAUGGAUGAUCCUUCUGAGGAAUGUCUUGGCUUGGUGUCGAAUGCCGUAUCGAUGUUGGAACCUAAGAAGGCUAAAGAGUUGCCUUCAAAGCAAGAGGAGCCAUUGGUUAAGAUAGGGGAGCCCGUCGUGCCAAAGCCUGUGGACAGACAGGUUCGAGUUUUUUACUCUGUACCUGAGAGUGUGGCUGCAAAAAUUGAGCUGCCUGAUUCCUUUUACAACCUCUCGGCCGAAGAAGUAAAACGCGAAGCAGAAUCCAGGAGGAAGAAACUCGAGGAAUCAAAGCUUCUAAUCCCCAAAUCAUACAGAGAAAAACAAGCGAAAGCUGCUAGAAAACGUUAUAACCGAACGGUCAUCAGGAUCAUGUUCCCCGACAAUACGGUCCUUCAAGGCAUCUUUUCUCCGUCCGAGCCAACCGGCGCUCUCUAUGAGUUUGUGAGCGGUGCAUUGAAAGACCCGGGAUUGGAGUUCGAGCUGAUGCAUCCCAUUCCGAUCAAGCGGCGUGUGAUCCCGCAUUAUCCGGCAACCGGACAUAGGGCUGUGACGCUGGAGGAGGAGGAUUUGGUCCCUUCAGCCCUCGUCAAGUUCAAGCCUAUCGAAACGGAUGACGCUGUUUUCACGGGGCUUUGCAACGAGCUCCUCGAAAUCAUUCAAAGCCUCGAUUCUGCUACCGCAGUUCCUCCUCCUCCGUCGUCUUCGUUGUCGUCAUCAUCGUAAGUUUGUUUGAUCCCAUCCGGCGCCGGCUGAAAUGAUUCUUUUGGGUUGUGUUUGUAAUGUAGUCUGCAAUCUUGCCCUGUCCGGCAGUUAGUUUCGUUAAUCCAAUUUGUGGGAACAUGAAGCUAACGACACAUUUUUUCUUUUGAUGAUUAUUCUGUGUCUUAUAACAAUUUUACUGUUUACAUAUGCA